CUCAUAUCUGCGUUUCUUCCUGUCUUUUUGCGUCAAGGAUUUCUUUUGCUCUUAAAAUUUAAUAGAACAUUACAAGACAGACAUAACUUUGCUACUUCCCACGUGUCCGCCGGCUCUCGUUCAACUCCCGGCUUUCUUCGUUCGACGAAUCCCCGAUCAUAAUUCGCCUCGAACCUCGAGUACUUUCCCGCACUCCGAGUUCUCACCGCCUGUCAUCUAUAUUCCUCGUCCUGGAGAGAAGGUCGCGGUCGCAGUGUCAUGGAAAUUAUACCUUGAACGUCCAAAGAAAAAUCUCGGUCACUGAGUGGACAUCCAUCACACCAUGGAUCCUCAUCAUGCAACUCGGGAACUCCUGGGGUACCUUCGUACUGGAUCCCCAAUUCUCCUUCUCCUCGUCUUCAUCGCCUCGUUUGUUGCCAAUUCUAUCCUGGCAGCCAAGAAAGUGAAUCGCAACAGCAAAAAUGCGCAAACUGGACCUGGGGGAAGACCGCUCCCCAAGCGGUCAAGGAGCACAAUGACCGUACUCAAAUCUCCUCAACGAUUUUCUCAAAACGCGAAGCUGCUUUUCAAAUGGUUUUCAGUAGGAAUUCUGUUGACCAUUGUCGCAGAAGGUGCGCUGAAUGUGUCGCAUGUCAUCAUUGCUAGAUCGGAGCAUUGGUGGUGCGGCCAGUCCGUUGUGAUAUAUGUCGUUGGGUCAUUCUUUGACUAUGCCAUUAUCCUUGUCUCGCUGUUGGACACGAAUCCGUCUCCGACAUUUGCUCAAUUCGUCCCAUGGCUCAUCGCAAUCCCAAUCGAAAUCGGUGUUCUUGGCACAUCCCUCUCUAUCUACACUGGGCCCCAUCGAGAACCAGUGGUUGGAGAUCCUAUUGGUGGUCGUCUCCGACAUGGGAUAACUCCCUGGGAAGUGACAGGGGUCGUCUUAAAUUGCUUCCGAGUGCUCAUCCUCGCCACCAUGGUCCUGACUUAUAUCGCGAACUCGAUAAACGUCAACCCAAAGAGGGAACGAAGCCGUGUGAACGGCUCUACCGAGACUACGGGACUACUCGAUGCCCACAAUGUAGAGAAUGGGGAUGGCUAUGGUGCGACAAACGGCCAUGGUGCGACGAACGGGCAUGCUCAACCUUCGAAGCCCACCGAUCCAUGGGUACGCCCGACCACUGUCCCUUCUACAAGCUGGUGGGAAUACUUGAGUGGAUACUCCCUGUUCUUUCCAUACCUCUGGCCGUCCAAGUCUCGCCGUUUGCAGAUUGUGGUGGUCAUCUGUUUCGUGUUAAUCGUUUUGCAGCGCAUUGUCAAUGUGCUUGUCCCAUAUCAGGUGGGUGUCAUCACGAACAUCCUCUCCAGAGAGGAUGGCGAGUUUAGGAUUCCGUGGUUCGAGAUCUGCUUGUAUAUUCUCUACCGAUGGUUGCAGGGCAACCAGGGACUAAUCGGAUCCUUGCGCUCAAAUCUUUGGAUCCCUGUGAGCCAGUACUCGUACAUGGAGCUGUCGACCGCGGCUUUCGAACACGUACACGGCCUCAGUCUCGAUUUCCACUUGGGAAAGAAGACGGGUGAGGUGCUAUCUGCGCUCAGCAAAGGUAGUUCGAUCAACACAUUCCUCGAGCAGGUCACCUUUCAAGUUGUUCCUAUGCUGGUCGAUCUUUGCGUGGCCAUUGUCUUCUUCCUGAUUUUCUUCGAUGCAUACUACGCCCUUGUGGUCACCAUCAUUACUUUCUGCUACCUUUACGUCACAGUGCGCUUGGCGCAGUGGAGGGCGGAGAUUCGGAGGGAAAUGGUCAAUAAGUCCAGACAGGAAGAUGCCGUCAAGAAUGACUCGAUGGUCUCUUAUGAAACCGUCAAAUACUUCAAUGCCGAAGACUAUGAGUUCGGCAGAUACCGCCAAGCCGUGUCAGACUAUCAAAGAGCCGAGUAUCACGUUCUCUUUUCUCUCAACCUUAUGAACACGUCACAGAACACUGUCUUCAUGCUGGGCUUGCUCAUUGCCUGUUUUAUCGCUGCAUAUCAGGUGUCCAUGGGGCAGCGAGAUGUAGGUCAGUUUGUGUCAUUGCUCACCUACAUGGCACAGUUGCAGGGGCCUCUCAAUUUCUUUGGAACCUUUUACCGUUCCAUCCAGUCCGCCCUUAUCAACUCAGAGCGAAUGUUGGAGCUUUUCCGGGAACAGCCUACCGUUGUAGAUCGCCCUAGCGCAAGGCCUCUGUCCGUGUGCAGCGGCCGGAUCACAUUUGAGAAUGUUGAGUUCUCGUAUGACACGCGGAAGCCGGCUCUGAACGGCCUCACAUUCCACUGUGAACCAGGCACCACGACGGCUUUGGUGGGUGAGUCUGGCGGAGGAAAGUCCACAGUCUUCCGACUACUUUUCCGCUUUUACAACGCCGAACGCGGUCGUAUGUGCGUUGAUGGUCACGACGUUGAAAGUGUAACCAUCGACUCUCUUCGGCGGCACAUGGGCGUUGUGCCCCAGGACACUGUCCUCUUCAAUGAGACACUGAUGUACAACCUGAAAUAUGCCAACCAGAACGCCACGGACGAGGAGGUAUAUGAAGCGUGUAGAGCGGCUAGCAUCCACGACAAGAUCCUGUCCUUCCCCGACGGGUAUAACACUAAAGUCGGCGAGCGUGGCCUACGGUUGAGUGGAGGAGAGAAGCAACGGGUAGCCAUUGCUCGUACUAUCCUCAAGAAUCCGCGGAUUAUCCUUCUGGAUGAGGCGACCGCCGCUCUCGAUACCGCGACGGAGGAGCACAUCCAAGGGGCACUUGCUAGCCUUGCUCGUGGUCGUACCAUGCUUGUCAUUGCUCAUCGGUUGAGCACAAUUACAACGGCAGACCAAAUCCUAGUUCUGCAUGAAGGACGCGUUGUUGAGCGUGGCACACACGAUCAACUGCUGGCUAUGAAGGGCCGCUACGCAAGCAUGUGGCGCAAGCAGAUUCGGGCCCAGAGAGCCGCAGCUGAAGCUCAAGUGCUACAAGAUCGAGCCCAACGCCUGCGUAGUGCAUCAACGUCGGGCGCUGUUGGCGAUGAUAGCUCCAGUCAGUCUGACGAGGAUCGGAACAGUAACGCCCAUGACGCGGCAGGUCGACCAAGUCAGGGUCAAUCUACCAAUAAGCCUACCGAAGAAAGCCGAAGAUGAGGGCC